GCAUGCGCCGCCCCCUGAGAUUUAAAACUGCAGCCCGGAGUGAGAAGGUGCAGAGCUGUCGCCUAGGACCCGUCCGGGAAGGUGAUACUGGGGCUCGGACACAUCCCGGAGGCCGCCCGCCAGAUGGGAGGAGCAAGACAUUAACCCUUUGUGUGUGCUGCCUUUGGACUCAAGGAAAGAUAAAUUCCGGAGAUGGUAUUGACAUGCUGGAUUUAACCUCAUGGAAAUUGAAUGUGCAAACACAACUUAAGUGCUUCAGGACAUCAACUUUUGAGUUCAUAGCAUAUGGAAGCUGCAUAGCUUGAAGCACCACAUAAUACCAGGACUCUUUCUUAGAAAUGGGCUUCUGUCAGCCCAAACAGAGUGGCCGCCCCAGAUUGCACUCCAUGUUUAGCAGCGGUUUAUAGGAUAAUCAAGGUGCACAAACUACAGUGUCCAUGAUGCAGAAGGCGGGGAUCCCCGAGGUCCUUCGCAGUCCUCGUGCACAGCUCCUACUGGUUAACUCUCUGACUUGUGGUCUUGAAGUUUGUCUAGCCGCAGGGAUCACCUUUGUACCACCUUUGCUUCUUGAAGCUGGAGUGGAGGAAAAAUUCAUGACCAUGGUACUAGGUAUCGGGCCCAUUCUUGGUCUCUUAGUUGUACACCUAAUAGGCUCUGCAAGUGACCAUUGGAGCAGCAGAUUUGGCCGUCGGCGGCCCUUCAUCUGGUUUUUAUGUUUUGGAGUAAUACUGUCCCUCAUUAUCAUUCCUUUUGCCAAACAUUUCGCCAGCCUUGGAGGUCACCACUAUGCCGGCAUGGAGGUGUUCUUCCUUAUAUUGGGUGUUGGGCUGCUAGAUUCCUGUGCACAGGUUUGUUUCACUCCUUUGGAAGCACUGCUCUCUGAUCUCUUCCCGGAAGGAGAAGCCUGCAGAAAAGCCUUCUCAGUGUACGCCUUAACUGUUGGACUAGGAGCAUGCAUUGGAUUCCUUUUGCCUUCUGUGGACUGGAGUGACAGCUGGCUGGCACACCAGUUAGGUGGGCAAGAACAGUGCCUUUUCACACUCCUACUUAUUAUAUUUUGCGGAUGCAUCUUUGCUACAUUCUUUGUUUCCGAAGAGGUCUGGAUUAAUGCUGAACACCCAGAUAUAGAACCAGCAGGCAAGGGUUGGACUUGCACAAGAACAUGUCACCUUUGGUCUCUACCACACAGGGUUUGGCGAAUGGCCCUAGCGCUGCGAAGUAUGUGUGCUCUGGUAUCACGCUUCAGGACGUUUUGUUGCAGAGUUCCUGACGCUCUGGGCCGCUUGUUCAUGGCCCAGCUGUGCUCAUGGAUGAGCCUUAUGACCUUUUCUCUCUUUUACACUGACUUCAUUGGGGGAGGACUUUAUCAUGGUGUGCCAAUAGCAGAACCGGGGACGGAGGCUAGACUUCAGUAUGAUGCAGGAGUCAGAAUGGGAAGCUUGGGCCUCUUCCUUCAGUCUGUGACAUCAAUAGUGUUUUCGUUCUCCAUGGAUUACCUGGUGAAGACAUUUGGAACGCGAAUCGUCUACCUGUUUGCGGUUUCCUGCCUCCCGGUUGCUUCAAUAAUCACAUGCUUUUCCCAUAAUAUUACAGUGGUAAUAGCAUCCGCUGCUAUGACAGGCAUCCCAUUUUCUGUACUGCAGAUCCUGCCAUACACUCUUACCUCACUUUAUCAUCAUAACCGACAGGUGUUUCUCCCAAAGUAUAAGGACGUGGCUGAGGAGGAGAUAAAGGAAAAAGAGCGAAAGCCUGGAUUCAUGGAAGAUGCAUCAAAUAAUAAUAGUGUUGCAAUGUUUUCCUCACACUCCCCAACUAUGUGCAUUGGUCCCUCCUGUGACAACUCUGUCAUGGUUGGAGAACCUACUACUCCAAACAAUGGGAUAUGCUUGGAUAUGGCUAUACUAGACAGUGCCUGUCUUUUGUCUCAGGUGCUCCCCUCCCUAGUUAUGGGCUUCAUCGUACACAUGACACAGACGGUGACCGCCUACAUUGCAUCAGCUGCAGCUUUUGGUUUGAUAGCUAUAUAUUUCUCCAACAAAGUUGUCUUUGAUAAAGGUGAUAUAUUAAAGGUUACCCCUCUAUAGGACCAUGGACAUUUUAAUGUUUGACAACAGGUACAUUAUUUAUUUUGUAAAUUAAACCACUAUAUUUCCCAGGGUGGAUUUUUCACCAAGACAUCUUUCCAAAAUCCUGUUGCUGUUUUAUUAGCAAGAAAUGGUUAACUCUGCCUUGUUGAUUUACUUAACUGAUAGUAUUGAAAAUGUGCAGUCAUGUGAUUCCUCCUCUCCAUUCAUUUCUGAUUUGCAUUUGUUACACUUAAUUUGUUUAAGUAACAAUAUACGUCUUGGGAACUAAAUGUGGCCCUGGAAAAAAAACAUAAAAGUGGCCCCGUGUUGCAGGUGGGUCGGCAGGUGGGUCCAAAUUGACAGGAGGCAAGGCAACAUAAUUAGGCAGAGCCAGCAAUAUCAUGGUGCAGAGCAACAUACCACCCAAGCUAAACAAAAUACUGUAGUGCAGUACAAAAUACUGCCACCUGUGCCACAGUAUUGAAGUAUACUGCUGCCCUGAAGAUGUCAAUACAGUUGAAUUCAGGAGGGCACCUGAAGCUGCUGGCCAGGUGCAUAGGAGAGAAUCAGAUCAUUAUGUACCCGGCUGGCGGCCGUGAAGAGGGCUUGGGUGGACCUCCUAGGCAUCGGCCCACCGGGAAAUUUCACUGUAAGGCCCAUAUGGCCAAUCUGCCCCUGCUUCGUGGUCUGUCAGCACAGAUAUCACACCUGCAGUGGUGGUGUACUUACAUCUUUGGUUAUAAAGCUAAUUUUAUAACUCAAAAGAGGUAUACUAAUUUCCUGGAAAAUAAUUUACAUAAUAUUGUAUUCAUUUGGUUACAACAAUUCUUGAGUAUGUAAGCUGGUUCACGGAGAACACCGACUGCACACAUACCCAUUGAUUUUAAUGUGUGCAUUCACACAUCCGUGUUUUAGCACGCUCUACGGGUUUGUGGUUUUAGCAUGGAAGCAUGCCCAACUUUUGUUCUUGUUUACGGAUCCAUCGCGCUCAUUAUUCUAAUGGACCCAACACAGACGCCAUCAAUGUUUCGUCUGUGUUUCACAGGCCAAUUAAUUUUCAACUGUGCAGUGUCCAUUAAACAUGGAUGAUGCACAGAGAGCAAAAAAAAAGCAUAUAUGGUCCAAACACAGAUUUUUUUACAGAUAAGUCACUAACCCUAUUAUCAUAGAUUACAUCAUGGACACGGACGUGUGAAAAAGGCCUUACUCAAGAAACCGUGCAGCCACUAACAAUCAUUUUGUUGGUUCAUGUGGUUACAGGAAAACUUGGGUAGCCAAUUAAAGGGGUUAUCCAACAUUAUAUCAGACCUCAAACCGUGGUGGGGAUCAUAGUUACCUGGUCCCUGCCGCUGGAUUCGGUAUCUCACUCCACAGCCGACUCUUCAUCUCCCUGGUGUGGUUAUAUCAACAUCUUGUUAGUGAGGGGCACGUGAUCUGCUCCCCUUGCUUCAAGACAAAUGGUCAUGUGAUGCAAGGGGAGCAAGUCACCACAGCUAUUGGCUGCAGAGGUCACAUGUCAGCAGGAUGUUAAUAUCAGGGAGAUCCCGAGCCAGCUGUGCAGCGAUAGAGACCUAACCCUGCAGUGGGGACCAAGUAAGUAUGAUCACCUCCAUGGGUCGGCCACUCAGGGAGGUCUGAUAUAAUGUUGUAUAACCCCUUUAACACUUUAUUUGAAAACCCUGUCAUAUGGCAUAUGGUUUCAUCCAAAUGUGGCUGCUGUGACAAGGAUGCCUGGCCUAAGUACUCAAGAAAUAAGUGUUAAAUUAAUACAAUAUUAUAUCAAUUAUUUUCUAGCAUAUUCAGGUUUUUUUUGGCACAGUGUGUAAACCUGGCCUAAGUCAUGUUUAAGGCCACAUUCAAAGGGUCUGUGUUGAUGCUGUAUAUGGCGUAACUAUAAAUGAAUAGGCCCCACAGCAAAAAAAAUUACGGGGUCCCCCAGCAACUUCGCAACCCUCUCCUCCCAUGAAACCACCACUCUUGUGGCUAGUCAAGAUCGCUUUCUCAGAUGAGACCCAUCAGCCACUCCAUCCAUUUCCUACAGUGUUGCCUUAUAUAAUGUAAUGUUAAAAUACUGCUGAGGGGGCACUGACAAAUCUUUUAGUCAUCCUCCUGGGCGUGCCCCUUCUGAGUUCGGGCCCCAAAGCAUCCACUUCCCCUGCUAACCCUAUAGGUACGCCUCUGUCUGGUCCAGUUUUUGGCAUAAAAUGUAAGACUUGCCAAUGGACCUUUCAUAUGGGCAUAUAAAUGAAGUUUUUUGUACUGGUAAUAUAUUUUGACAGUUGGUUACUAAAUAUUUUAUGGUUAUAGAGUUUUUCUAAUAGUUGUUUAAAAAAAAUAUUGCAGAAACUGUAAUUUAUUGUGAUAGUGUAUAUAUAAAAAUAAAAUAACAUCCAUCCAUAAUAGCAAAGAUAAUAUUUUACAAUAUAUUAAAAUGAAGGAGGAUAUAUAUAUAUAUAUAUAUAUAUAUAUAUCUGUUCUAGAAGUUAUUUAUUUAGUUUUUUUACAAAAAAAUUAUGUAUUCUCUUCUGAAA